CAGGAGCCCAACAAACUAGUCUGUUCAGCUCUAAAACUGUUCUGGUUCAUUUCACUUAAACUAUACAUUUUCGUAAAUAUAUUAGUGUUUUUCCUGAAUCAGUCAUACUCUGCGUUAGAUAGCAGGCCUGAGCUGGGGUACUCUGUCAUGGUUAUUUCUGAAGCCAUUUAAACAAACUAGCGGGCUGUUUUCUAGCUAACGCUACAACUGGGUUUUGUAGUCAGAGUUAGUUGAGCAAACUAAGCAGGGUAACUUGCUGCGUGGACAUCACAAUAACCUUUUGUCACGUCAGCCGCUGGGUACGACAGACCAUGGAUAAGGCAAAUUUUCUCAAAGGUUUACCUGUCUACAACAAGAGCAACUUCAGCCGGUUCCAUACGGACUCUGUCUGCAAAGCCUCGGUGUGUAACAGAAGACCCUCGGUUUAUCUUCCCACCCGCGAGUUCCCUUCUGAACAGGUCAUCGUGACGGAGAAGACCAACAUUCUGCUGCGCUAUCUUCACCAGCAGUGGAACAAAAAGAAUACAGCAAAGAAGCGGGAACAGGAGCUGGGAGAGGGGGAGAGCCCCACCCCUCCUCACAAAGUGGCCAGGAGAGACAGCCAGGAGAGUGAGGACCCUUAACACGUGUGGUGCACGCACUAGAUCUAUGUACAUGAACAUACCUGCACACGCAGUGCUGCACUACAGACAUUUACAUACCUGCCCACGGAUGGGGAGUUAUGGUGUGGGGAAAGACUUGAUCGCCCUCUUUAAUCUUAGAAAACAACAUUUCCCAUAAUACAUUUUGAAUAGAGCUUCCUGCUGAGCUCACAGCAAUCCCUCUUCUCCUGCAUUUCCCUUUGUGACCAGAGGGGACAGUGCUCUCACUGGAGGGAAGGGGAGCUUUAUCCAAUUACUAUUUUACUAUUUUAGUUUAGACUGUGUUUCUUGGCUUGGAUUAAAUGUUCGUAGCUGUCUGUCCAAAAGGGGCUCAAACAGACUGGUAAGAAAGCCAGCUACCUUGCUGCCAAAUAUGUGUAAUGAAAUCAUCUGACUUGUCUUUGCCUUCUCCUAAUGAAACUUGCACCCUUUGGUUGUGAUUUCAUUUCAGGGGUCCCCCCCAACAGGCGCUGCCCAAGGUUCCUCAGUACUGUGCUGGGUAGCUGUACUCUGCUGGGUUACUCAGUACUGUGCUGGGUUACUCAGUACUGUGCUGGGUAGCUGUACUCUGCUGGGUUACUCAGUACUGUGCUGGGUAGCUGUACUCUGCUGGGUUACUCAGUACUGUGCUGGGUUACUCAGUACUGUGCUGGGUAGCUGUACUGUGCUGGGUAGCUGUACUGUGCUGGGUUACUCAGUACUGUGUUGGGUAGCUGUACUGUGCUGGGUUAUUCAGUACUGUGCUGGGUAGCCGUACAGUCGGGUUACUCAGUACUGUGCUGGGUAGCUGUACUGUGCUGGGUUAUUCAGUACUGUGCUGGGUAGCUGUACAGUCGGGUUACUCAGUGCUGUGCUGUGUAGCUGUACAGUGUGCUGGGUCGGUUUCUCGGCAGGGCGCUGGUUUGCCCGAUGGUGUCCCGGGUUACUUGGAUGCCAAACCCUUUCUCUGCCCUAAUGACCUUACUGGUGCUAUGUGUGUACCUGCUGUGUGUGCGGUGCAGUGUGGUGCAGUGUGUGCAGUGCCAUGUGUGCUGUGUGUGAUGUGUAUGCAGUGUGUGCAGUGCGUGCUGUGUGUGCAGUGCCAUGUGUGCUGUGUGUGCAGUGCGGUGUGUGCUGUGUGUGCAGUGCGUGCUGUGUGUGCAGUGCCAUGUGUGCUGUGUGUGCAGUGCCAUGUGUGCUGUGUGUGCAGUGCCGUGUGUGCUGUGUGUGCAGUGGGUGCUGUGUGUGCAGUGUGAGCAGUGCGGUGUGUGCUGUGUGUGCAGUGCGUGCUGUUUAUGCAGUGUGUGCAGUGCGUGCUGUGUGUGCAGUGUGUGCUGUGUCUUAAGUGAGCAGUGUGCGCUGUGUGUGCAGUGCGGUGCAGUGCAGUGUGUGCAGUGCCAUGUGUGCUGUGUGUGCAGUGUGUGCUGUGUGUGCAGUGUGUGCUGUGUGUGCAGUGCGGUGUGUGCUGUGUGUGCAGUGCGUGCUGUGUGUGCAGUGUGUGCAGUGUGAGCAGUGCGGUGUGUGCAGUGUGAGCAGUGCGGUGUGUGCAGUGUGAGCAGUGCGGUGUGCGCUGUGUGUGCAGUGUGAGCAGUGCGGUGUGUGCAGUGUGAGCAGUGCGGUGUGUGCUGUGUGAGCAGUGCGGUGUGUGCAGUGUGAGCAGUGCGGUGUGUGCAGUGUGAGCAGUGCGGUGUGCGCUGUGUGUGCAGUGUGAGCAGUGCGGUGUGUGCUGUGUGAGCAGUGCGGUGUGUGCUGUGUGUGCUGUGUGUGCAGUGCGUGCUGUGUGUGCAGUGUGUGCAGUGCGGUGCACGUGAAUGCUGGGCAGUGCUCAGUGUGUCACAUAGUGCAGGUCAGAUGGACCACAGAGCCAUAGCCUCACCCUGUUUUACUCUGCUGUUGCUAUCUGUAAUGGCGCUCAUGUUCACUGUUUCAGAAUGGCACUCCAGUGCUAUCUGUAUAGGCUAGCGCCCUACGCUAGCUGGAAGCUCAGAAAUGCUUGUUGGUUGAAGGCUUGCUUUGCUGCAGGUGCUUGGGUGACCAGAGGGGACAUCUCUCACCACCAACGGCGCUUCAGUCUCUAUGGCAACAGGUCUCAGGUAGGCCUGUCACACCAUCAAGGCUCCGUGCUGGUUCUGGUUCUGGCUCCGUGCUGGUUCUGGUUCUGGUUCUGGCUCAGUGCUGGUUCUGGUUCUGGCUCCGUGCUGGUUCUGGUUCUGGCUCAUGCUGGUUCUGGCUCCGUGCUGGUUCUGGUUCUGGCUCCGUGCUGGUUCUGGUUCUGGCUCGUGCUGGUUCUGGCUCCGUGCUGGUUCUGGUUCUGGUUCCCGAACCUAAUUUUGAACCCGCCGGCGCGUUCAGACCGGAACCUGAAAAGUUGGUUCUUAGCUGGAACCAAGAAGUAGUUGGUUUUUCCUUGCGAACCGUGACGUCAUCAGUGGACGCGUCAUACUCCGCCUGCCUAGUGCAGUGAGCAACGCCCUCCGCUGAUGAUGGAGGGCGGCAGAACUUUGGUUCUGUUUAAACUGGUAUGAAUGUGGUCUGGUUCGCCAGAAAGCACCUAGGUUCUGAGACUCCAGAACGGAACCAGAGCCAGAACCGUGUCUGUCUGAAAGCGGUUGGGGUGAUGGGUCUGAGGGGCUGUGGUACCAUUAUUCUGUAAAGCUGUGAAACCCUUGUGUGGUGUUUGAGUUUCUGUUAUUCACCCAAUGUCAGUCUUGCAUUUUUAAAACCAUACAGCAAUUUAUGUAAAAAUACUUAACAGAUGUUCACUUUCUCAAGUAUAAGCAAUAUUUGCCAUUUACCUCUGCUAGACCAUAUUUAUGAAUAAAAGUGCUUUGUUUUUGGUGAUAAAAUGUGAUAUUUGAAAAUCAAUCCAAAUGAUAAACAAGCCCCAUUAAACACAUUCAUGCGGGUCUGUACGCCGCAUGAGGGAGAGUG